CUGAACUGGAUAUAAUUAAGAAUAAGAAGUGGCAUUGCCUGUAUUUUAAAUGAGCAUUAUUAGUGUCAGGAGGCCUAUGAUCUAAUUAUCUAUCUCCUUUCCAAAUUCCAAGUCGCUAUGUUCAGAUUAUCUUGUUCUUAGUUUUGAAUAAUCAUGGAAAUGUAAGUUUGAUUAGUCGACAUGAGGCUGUUUGCCACUUGCUCUGAGGUAGCCUAAGAAAGAGCCCAAUGUGCGAAACCCGCUGAGUGAGGCCAAAGAUUAGCUCUGAGCAGAUCUGCAGUAGAGCGAGAAGAGACGACAGGCCGGAGCGAACAUCGAUUUCGCAGCGUGGUGCUCAUUUUUUCCUCAGAACCUGCGGACCACUAAAUCAGGAAAACCGAUUGGUGUUGCUGGAUCGAGAAAAGGCUUGGGUGGAGGCUGAACUAAGCGACAUGAUGACCGAAAAGGACACCGGAACAGAAAAUCUAAUAACAGAUGAGAUGGCAAAUCCUUCCUUGUCAAAGAGUGGAGGUGACCCUGGAAUUACCCCUCUGUCUCCCUCACACAUCCAGCAAAGUGACACGGACCAGGUGCAGUCCGGACCGUCCUUUGUGGUGGUGGUUGCCAUCGAUUUUGGUACAACGUCAAGUGGUUAUGCUUACGCUUUCACUAAGGAGCCAGAGUGCAUUCACACCAUGAGGCGUUGGGAGGGUGGAGACCCUGGUGUGUCCAAUCAGAAGACCCCAACCACCAUCCUACUCACUCCAGACAGAAAGUUCCACAGCUUUGGCUAUGCAGCCCGUGAUUUCUACCAUGAUCUGGACCCCAGCGAGUCCAAACACUGGCUGUACCUGGAGAAAUUCAAAAUGAAGCUUCACACUACUGCAAAUCUGUCCAUUGACACUGAGAUCCAUGCAGCAAAUGGAAAGCGAGUGAAAGCCCUGGACAUCUUUGCAUAUGCACUGGCAUUCUUUAAGGAGCAAGCAUUAAAGGAACUCAGUGAUCAAACUGGCAGUGAGUUUGACAACAGCAGUGUGAGAUGGGUAAUCACAGUUCCAGCGAUCUGGAAAAUGCCUGCAAAGCAGUUCAUGAGGGAAGCAGCCUAUAAGUCUGCUCUAGUGUCACGUGAAAACCCAGAACAGUUGAUCAUUGCUCUAGAGCCAGAGGCAGCAUCCAUCUAUUGUCGUAAGCUCCGCCUCCAUCAGAUUGUUGACCUGGGUACACAAACCCAUCAGAAUGGUUUCAACCCCAAUGACCAAGUGGGAAGUGGAAUGACCCAAGUGUCUCCAGCCAAGGAGCAUGUACGGCGCAAUCGACAAAGCCGCACCUUUUUGGUGGAAAAUGUCAUAGGGGAGCUUUGGUCGGAGCUGGAAGAAGGUGACCGUUAUGUGGUAAUGGACUGUGGUGGAGGAACAGUGGACCUGACUGUCCAUCAAAUUCGUCUUCCAGAAGGACAUCUAAAAGAGCUGUACAAGGCCUCAGGAGGACCUUAUGGCUCUAUCGGGGUUGAUUAUGAGUUUGAGAAGUUGCUGUGUAAGAUCUUUGGCCAAGAUUUUAUUGACCAAUUUAAAAUAAAGAGGCCAGCCGCGUGGGUUGACCUGAUGAUUGCAUUUGAGUCUCGGAAGAGAGCAGCAGCUCCUGAGAGAACCAACCCCCUCAACAUUAACCUGCCCUUCUCCUUCAUUGACUACUACAAGAAGUUCCGGGGUCACAGUGUCGACCAUGCUCUGCGCAAAAGCAAUGUGGACUUUGUUAAAUGGUCAUCUCAGGGGAUGCUGAGGAUGAGCCCAGAUGCAAUGAAUACACUCUUCAAACCAACCAUAGACCACAUCAUCCAACAUCUCACCGAGCUCUUUGAUAAGCCAGAGGUUAGCGACAUUAAGUUCCUGUUCCUUGUUGGAGGUUUUGCAGAGUCUGCCCUGCUGCAGCAAGCUGUCCAGAACAUGCUUCAGAGCCGCUGCAGAAUUAUCAUCCCCCACGAUGUUGGCCUAACCAUCCUGAAAGGUGCUGUGCUGUUUGGCCUAGACCCUAGUGUCAUUAAAGUUCGUCGUUCACCCCUAACAUAUGGAGUAGGUGUCCUCAAUCGCUUUGUGGAGGGCAAGCACCCAUCAGAGAAACUGUUGAUAAAGGAUGGGACACGCUGGUGCACUGAUGUCUUUGAUACCUUCAUUGCUGCUGACCAAUCCGUGGCGCUGGGUGAGAUGGUAAAGCGCAGCUAUACGCCGGCAAAGCCAUCCCAGCAGAUUAUAGUUAUCCAUGUCUACUGUUCAGAAAAGGAGAGGGUGGGGUUUAUCAGUGAGCCAGGUGUCAAGAAGUGUGGGACACUUCGCUUAGAUGUAAGUGGAACAGAAAGCUCAGCACCACGUCGGGAGAUCCAGACCCUCAUGCAGUUUGGUGACACAGAGAUUCGAGCCAUAGCAAUAGAUGUGUCCACUGGGCGCACUGUCAAAGCUAGCAUUGACUUCCUUAGCCACUAAGGCUGUAUGAGAGUUUAGCUUCCAGAAUUCCCAGAAGCAUUAGACAAGAAAACACAGCAUCCACAUAACAACAAUGAAUAUUAACCAGAAAUUUGCAAAGUAUAAUAACAUUCUAGGUUUAGACACUUGUGAUUUAGAAUGGUGAUAGUGUUCAGCUUAAUCCCCCUAAAUGGUUGAUUGUACAGUUUAAGACAAGGGAUCAAAUACAGUUUGUUUUAGCUGUCACUGGUUUCCAUGUUUCCACUUUAUUUACUGAGGAGCUCUGUAGUGUUAAAAGGCUUAAAACAAGCCCUGUUUAUUUUGUCAGGUUUGAAAGGGAAAGCCAUUAGUACUUUUCUAUUUCUGAUAUCUGUUUGCUGAAUCCUGAGUCACUAUGUAUUAUUACACAUUUUCUUACAGUGUAUUCUAGAGGCAAGCCACAUAUGUGCUUCACACAGAAUUCAUAGUCACCCAGAUAUUUUAUUUGCAUCAUUUUUUUGUAUGUUCUGAGUUUUGCUGUUUUCAAGUAUCUGAAUUAGACCAGUGUGCAAGGCCCAUUGUUGAAAAAACUACUUUAUGAUAACUUGCCCUAGGGAAAUACGAGGGUAAUUUUUCCAUACUUUAUCUACAUUUUGGCAGCAUUUGUUUACCAUCUUUAAGGAUUAUUAAGCUUGUUAGGUAUUAUUUAGCUCUUUAACUGUCAAAAACAUGUUUCAAAAUAUCCAAAGUGCAAUUCAAUCCCUCAAGUCUAUAUAGUGCAAGUAACAAUAAUUCCCUGUUAUUUCCUGGGAAUGUUAAUGGAAGCCGUUUGUUUUAACAUAGCUAUGGAUCAGAGGGGCUAGUUGAUCUCUGCUGUCAUGGAAUGUUUUUGCAGUCUUAAAGCUACGUAGAUAUAUAAAUUAAUUAACUUAGCCUCAGUAAUCAAUGGCUUCUUAAAAAUUACAGUUUCAUCUGUAGCCCACCCAUGUAACCCCUACCAUAAUAUUUAGUCUGAUCAUACAGAAAGGCCUUUUUGCCAAACUAAGCAGAACGAAGUAGGUGACUGGUGGCUAAAAAUAAUUCCUCACAAAAGCUCUCUCAUCCCAGCACCCUGUCCACAAGGUUCUCCGUCCAUAUUCUGUAGAAGAUUAAAUGAAUGCUUAUUCUGCUACAUUUUCAGCAAGUAUUUGAAAGUAACAACAUUGGUAACAACUGAUAUUAGAGUUGUUCUGUAUUAACCAAAUAUUAAUCACUGCUUAACUGCUUUAGGAUUCCUAUCCGAGAGAAAAUAGAGCUUCUAUUAGCAUUCGUCUUGUAUUGAACUCUGCAGCAAGUGGAUGAAGUUGACUAUCUGAAAAUAUGACCAGUGACCUAUACCAGGCUGAACAAAGUUAUUAAACUGUGAAUCACAUAUUCAUUGACUUCUAUCUGGGCCAGUUUCAUUGCAAAUAAUUUCAUAUUUAGUCACUGAAAAGCUAAGUAGGUAACGUAACAUUACAGACAUAUUUUGCACAUGCAUCAAUAAUUUGCUACUUGGCUUCUUACCUGUGUUUACAGGAUUGUUAUGAUCUUUAUAACAAGCAUUACACCUCACAAAAGAACCCUUUUGGAAAAUGUUUUUCCAAACCUCAUAGUCUUAUUUCAAUUACCCCCAGAUAAUGUUUACUUUGGUUGGAGAAUUAACAUUACUCUUUUAAUUACCACAGAUCAAAUCAAAUGCUGUGCUGCUUUGUAUGAGGACAAAUAACCCCAAAAGGAAAACUGAACUUUGCUCCAAACUCAAUCUGAAAGCAAGAACAGCCUUCCCUUCCCUGUUGCCUUCAUUUGUUGUGACCUCUGAGUAGCUUUGGAAACACUGCUUCCUGCUUGGUAGGGUUUUGAUUCAGGUGUAACUGUGAAUAAAAAGUGCAGGCCAGAUCAUAGUAUUUUAUUUCUAUAAAUACAGUAUUUAAAUAUUGUACAGAUUCUUUUAGUACUAUCACAGCAGCUUUAAAAACAAGAGGGGGUGCAUGUGUGAGAAUGAGUGUUUGGGUGUGUGUUGCAUCAGCAGUUCUCAAAUAAAGGUUUUCCUCUGCAGUUAUGCUUGUGACCAACACAAAUUUCUGCUCAUGUUCAGAAAUUUGAUAUGUGGUCCUUAAUAACCUCAAUCAUUAUAAAUAAUGCCAUUGAACAAGGCUGUUUUUGAAUAAUCACAGAAAUGUUUUAGGAUAGUAAUUGUGCAGUUGCCACAGAGGAGGGAGCACUAAAGACCACAGAGAAGGUUCAUGGAAGUAUUAAAAGAGGAUGUGCAGAUGAGUGGUGUAAGAGAGAAGCACACCAGAGACAGAGCUAGAUGGAGACUGGUGCAGCCAACAUCAGAUAAAGAAUUAUUGAGAUGUGCUGGUUUGUUUUUCCAGCUGUAAAAGCUUUAAAAAAAAUGUAUUAUAACUUUAUGCAUAUACAAGUAAGAGUGCAUUAUGGUAGGGGGAAUAUUCCCUUUCAUAAAUCCAGUCUUGUCUUCCUACUACUACUACUACUACUAGCUCCUCAAACAUUUGGAUCUCCACCUUGUUCUAUGUGGUAACUUGGCUACAGAUUAAAACAGGUACAAAAUUCUACAAUAUUUAGGCUGUGGUAAUAUUAAAUGUUGACUACAUACAGCUCUAUUCUCAUAAGGUUUUUAUCUGAAAAAAUUCUUAUCCCCCUUAUCUGAAUUUUGCACACAUCAUCCUUGGGAGAAUAUUGGGGAGGAUUUUUCUUUUGUACAGAAAGACAUAACUGUAGGACCCACAGCACAUUUGCACACAAGCAUUCUUAUGCAGAGCUUUGAGUACAGUAGUUAUAAAGACAACAAAUCUUGUUUUUAAAUAUAAAAUGAACAUUUUUAAUUUAAAGUAAAAUUGGCAAAUCAUUUGUGUAUUAUGUUAAUCUUUCCACUCUUCCAAAUAACAAUCAAAUUUGGUAGCUGUUAGUUAUUUAAUUUCUUUUGUAAAAGGACUGAGACACCAUUUGCAAUAAUUAUUUAUGCAAUACUCUUUUCUUUUUUAAAGAAAAAGAGUACUUUCUCUAAAUUAAAUAUGAUACAGGGUGUAACAGAACAUCCGCUGCAUUAUUUCACCCUUUUAUUUAUAGACUUCUAUUAGAAAACCAGUAUGACUUAAAGACACAGUGUGUAACAGUGUGUAGAGAGAACACCUGUCUAAACAUUUAGAUAGGUGUUCACCCCAACCUCAUGUAAGGACAUUAGUAACUGUUUCCUUACCAAAACAUUCAGAUAAUGAAAUAGAUGUGCAUCAUGUACAAACUUUAAUUGUACAUUUCUCAAAUCGACCAUUUCCUCUUUUUCCCUCUGUGCUGUUGGCCUCUGAACAGUAAGCUUUCUCUAUGUGCCUUUUAUGCUGCUUUUAUUGCUGUUUUCCCAGAACCCCCUCCAUAUUAUUUCAGUUUUUUAAUGUUAUUUCCAAAUCAGAACAAAAGCUAUCCGAGGGCACGUUCAAAGACAGACUCAAAUCAACUCUUUUUACAUUAAACCCAGUCCAUUAAAUUUGGAUAUACUGAAUUUCUACAUACUACUGAUAAAACGGGAUAGCUUUUUCAUCCAUAACAAAUAUCAAUGUUCGGAUUCAAGGCAAAACAGAUUGGUUGGCUUUUUGAAAUGAAACAGCUGUUUACAUCUAAAUGUUCUUGUGUCCAUAUAUCAGCGUAUUAAUAUGCCUGAAUUUUUUCGAAUACCAUUUUCGGCCUUUCUAAUCUAGUGAUGGACCUUUUGAAGGCAUACAGGUCCUUCUCAAAAUAUUAGCAUAUUGUGAUAAAGUUCAUUAUUUUCCAUAAUGUCAUGAUGAAAAUUUAACAUUCAUA